CCCUGCUCUUCACUCGCGGAUCAGAUCGUCACUCCCUUUUACCAGCCUACGUCGACGACUGAUAUGAAUUUCCUCUCCGCUGAGACAUAUGAGCAGUCUCAUCGAGUAGGCUUUUGUUUUAAUAGGUUCCUCUCGCAGCCGGCGUAGCUACUGAUUUAACUCGUGCUGAAAAUUAGCUUUCGCUCGAGUCUGUCCAAUAUAGAAGUAUCCAACUCUUUAAUAAUGAAUGAGAGGGAUCGUUUGGAUACUGCGGACAUAUAUGCUUGUCCGUUUACUGCUGAGCUCAGUAAGGCAGUGUCAGUGUCCCUGGGGUUGGACACGGUGUCUUCUCCGCUCAGUAGCACAAAUCUGUGUUCCGUCCGUGCCUUUGCAGACUGCGAUCCCACUGUAGGGAACAGUUCCCGUGGAGCGCCAGAGUUGGAAGCGGCUGGAAAUAUGAAUUUAGAAGGCGACGUGCUUCCACUGGAUGACACUAGCCUAAGAAAAGACGAUUUUGGACAAGUGUGUCAUGGCACACAACAGGUGAGCUGCAUGGAUUUGCUCACAUCGGGCGACCUGGACGGGGCGCAAACCUUGACGCGCGGUCCAGUGAUGUCCAGAUUUUUAUGCCAGGAAUCAAACUGGUUUAUCAAUCCGGCGGCAGAGCUGUACACACCUUCUCCUCAGGUGGAUGAGCUCUUACCUUUGAAAUCAUAUUCUGCCAGUUCACGCCUAUACAGAGAUACCCCGGGCAUGUGGUGCGCAAAUGAGCGCGCAUACGGUGUCCGAUCCGAGACAGAGAAAGAGGGAUCAGGUGGACAUAAUUUGUCGUGUAAUUACUGUAACUGUGGGCAAGCUUCUCUAGGAUCCCGACGGGAAUGCCACUGUGCUUGGUACAACAAGGGUGAGCAAGGUGGUGAAGGUGGCAUGCGAGCCGCAAUGACACAAGGGUAUGGACAAAUGGAAAGGUACCACAGUGCAGUUCCUCAGGAACAGGCCACCUCUGCUAUCAAGACCGAACGUGCAGUCUGGAUGAACUGCACAGACCGCACUUUCAGGCAUGACGAAAUGUUUCCAGGUGUGUACCUCUCAGAGCGAAGAGUCUGUCAGGUGUGUGGUGAUGACGCAUCAGGUUGCCAUUAUGGUGCAGUCACCUGUGGCAGCUGCAAAGUAUUCUUCAAGCGGGCUGCUGCGGGUAAGCAGAACCACCUGUGUGCCGGCCGGAACGACUGCACCAUCGACAAACUCAGGCGUAAAAACUGUGCCUCGUGUCGCUUAAAGAGGUGCUACAUGUUGGGAAUGAGCCUAAAGGGCCUAGGCCGCAGGCUGAAGGCAGCCGGACAGGCGAGAACCAGAGAGGAGGAGGAACCUCCAGCUGCCAGGGAGCCUGGAGAAAUAGGAGAGAUGGCUUGGAAGACAGAUUUCAUGUUGAAGCCUGGAAGUACAGCUGUCAGGGCAAAAGCAGCGUUCCCGGCUCUUAGCAUGUCCCCAACCCUGCGCUCCUGUUUAUCCCUGCUCAGCAUCUUGCAGUCCAUUGAGCCAGCUGUAGUCAAUGCCGGACAUGACCCUGCCCAACCAGACAGCCCUGUGGCCUUGCUCAGCAGCCUCAAUGAGCUGGGGGAAAGACAGCUAGUAGCCAUGGUGCGCUGGGCCAAGGCAAUACCAGGUUUCCGUGACCUGCAUGUGGAUGAUCAGAUGUCACUGAUUCAGUUGUCAUGGAUGGGGCUGAUGGUGUUCGCUUUGGGCUGGAGGUCCUACACAUUUACUAACAGCUCCAUGCUCUACUUUGCUCCAGACCUGGUCUUCAAUGACCAUCGGAUGCAAGUGUCCACUAUGUAUGAACACUGCAUGAGGAUGAGGCUGCUUGCCCAAAGGUUGUGCAUGCUGAAGGUCACCCAAGAGGAGUUCCUCUGCAUGAAGGCCCUGAUUCUCUUCAGCAUCAUACCACUGGAGGGCCUGAAGAGCCAGCGUUGUUUUGAUAAACUGCGAGCCUCCUACAUCAACGAGCUGGACCGCUUAGCCAGCCUCCAUGGAGAGGCCACCGAUAAAGAGAGACUGUUUCAACUCACACAACUGCUGGACUACCUACAGGCGAUUGUGAGGCAGUUGCACCAGUUCACCUACGAUCUGUUCACCCAAGCUCGGUCCAUGCAGAUACAUGUCAAAUUCCCAGAGAUGAUCUCGGAGAUUGUGAGCGUUCAUGUGCCCAAGGUCGUCACCGGCAUGGUCAAGACCAUUCCUUUCCACAGUGCAGCCAAAGAGAUGAGUCUCUGGUCACCGGAGCUCCAGCACCCAGCCCUUUGACUAUUUCUGAUAAAACUAAACUAGCUAGAGAAGGUUUUAUGAGGUGAAAGGAAUAUAAGCCUAUUGUGAUCUGCAGAGUCUAUAAAUGGAUGUUAACAGAAGGUAACGCAGCAUAUUCUUCCACUCUAAUGUCAUUAAGAUACAACUACUCAUUGUUUUCUUUUUUUACUGCCUGUGCUCUGUAUCAUGCAAACCAAAUGUUUCUGGAGCUGAUUAAAACACGUUUUUGCAUGCAUUCCACCACAGACACCCAUGAAUGGCCAAUCGUCUGGCAUGUGGACUUCAUCAACAAUUUAUACAGGCAACAAACAGUAUUUCAUUUUGAGCAGUAACUCUCAAAACUUCAUCGCAGCUUGUCUGUAUAUAGCAGUUUGACAUUUGGACUAGUUUUUUCACUGUGAAUGAUAUUGUGUGUACCUGAGAUUAUAAAAAGUCACUGAUUGACAGUUCAUAAUUGGUUGUGGUGUGCACGAUAAGAAGCAAAGCUCUCUCACCUAAAGGCAUUUGAAAACCAUUUUGAAAGCUUCUGUCAUCCAUAAAAGCAAAAUCUGUUUUAGGUGUUGACAAAAUGAAAGCACUUUUCAAAUUUCACAUGCAUAUUCAUGAAUACUGUGCUGUCAAAAAGUCACACCAAAAACAGUUCAGACAGUAACUGGACAAAGGGCACAAAAUACUCUAAUGAUGCACUAACUGAUUAAUACUUUGGGUGACUCUUUUGAAAUUUGCUUGUUUGUGAGUGUCAAUUGUUAUUCAAGUACAAUUUUUCCUGGACAUUUCUUACUGUUUCUAUUGUUUCUACAUGGGCUUUGUUGUGUAUCAUCAUGUAUUCAUUGUAGCUUCAGGCGGUUUUGCUAAAGUUCUGCUCAUUUGUUGCAACAUUUACAGCUUAACAAUGUAAUAAAAUUGAAAC